AUGCUUGUAGGAGACUUGGGGCCUUUCUGGAAAAAAGUUGUCAUGCUUGGCUCUUUGCCUUUGAUGAUUUUUGCUUUUGUGCUUGUUGUUGUUGUUUUUUUAGGGCACACUCCUGUUCACUGGUGUUGGAGUCCUGGAUCUGAGCACCUCCAGGAGGAAUGUGGCUGGACAGAGGUCAAGGUGCAUGAAGUGAGCGUUUCCCACUCGGAACAGUUGGGAUCCUACAGCAGAUCUCCUCAAGUAAACUUUAUUUCUCCCUUGUUUUCUUUGGUCUGUGAGAAAUCCUGGCUUGCUGACCUGCACCGGGUUUCUCUGGCAUUUGGAUUUUUUUGUUGGAUCGUAACUGGAUAUCUGGCUGACAGGUUUGGUAGAAAACACUGCUUUCUUGAGUUGCUUGGCCUGGGAAUUUCAGGUGUGGGAGGGAUGCUGUCGCCAUGGUACCCACUGGCGCUUACCUUAUAAUUUUUACAGGGGUUUUGCAGAAAGGGAAUGUGGGUGGCCAACUACAUAUCAGUGAUUGAGUUCUUUGAAGCAAACAACAGGAAAUUUGUGUCCAUAGUUUGUCGAACUCUCUACUCUACUGGUAGCAUCCUGCCUGCCCUAUCUGCCUGGAGGACUUUGCAGCUGGUUAUGAGUCUUUCUUGCUUUCUAUUUAUCUCAUACUACUGGUUUAUAAGCACUGUUGCAUUUCAAGGCCUAGUCCUGUGACUGGGUAUGACUGGUAACAAUCUGUUCUUGGAUUUCUUCAUCUCAGAGCUGCCAGCUGGGUUUAUCUGUUAUCUGCUGGUGGACAGAGUGGGCAGACGCUCCCUAAUGGCCAUCAUUAACUUCACUGGAAGCAUCGCCUGCCUCUUCUUCCCUUUCGUAUCCACUGAGUAUUCCUGGUUGAAGAGGUCAGUUGCAAUCAUUGGGAGACUUGCUGUUGCCACUGGAUUUGAGACCACUGCAUUUGCAAACUCUGAGAUGUACUCGACAUCUCUGAGAAAUCUGGGUGUGUCAGUGUGUUCAUCGGCCAGCGACAUUGGCAAAAUUGCUGCGCCAUUCCUUCUUUACAGACUAGCCAGUAUUUGGCAGGAGUUGCUUCUUAUUGUUUAAGGUGUGAUGUCGGUCCUGCACAGUGCCCUAGUGACACUGUUGCCUGAGAUGAGCGGUUUUGCUUUGCCAGAAACCAUGUAA